AGCUGCUCAAGCGUUAUGACUUCGUCGUGGCUUGUCGAGCUCUCGGAGGAGAUUCUGGAGGUGUUGGAGCGCGCGUUAGACGUGGAAUCAUUGGUACUGCUCUCUACUACGUGUCACUCGCUGCUGAAGACGCUACAGGUUCUCAUUGAGGCGCGAUGUAAGCGUGAGUGCUUCACCACGUAUCUAUAUCCGACAGUGGCGUCCUACCGCAUGCAAGCAGCAGUUCCAACCACUUGGAGAGAAUUAUAUGCAGCCUUUAGCCUCAAGGAGCUGAGAUGGGAGGCGUAUAGAAGUGAAGGGACAUCGUCAUCACUACGGGCAUUAAAAUCCGACAAUCAGGAGUACGAGACCGACAUGAGCGCCACUUUCUUGCUUCGGAGUGGAGGCCACUACUGGUUCAGUGUAUUGCAAGCCACAAUUUCCGAUGUAACGCUGGGUGAAGUCGGCAAGAAAAGUGUUGAUGCUGACACGAAGCCCAAGCGACCAGAUUCCUUGCCAUUUUUGCAGUCUCCACAACAGAUUACGAUGGAUAAAUGGGAGAAGAUCCGAGCAGUGGGCAAAGGGCCAUGUCCUCGACGAAAUCACUCGAUGACUUGCAUGCCGAACGCAUUGUGUGCUCGGGAACUCUUAGUAAAGUCAAAUGCGGAGGAAGAAGAGGAAUUUGUGAAUGUUCGACGAAUUAUCUUCUUUGGCGGACAGUCAGAAGGGAUCCCGUUUGAGGCCUUCGAUUAUCGCUGGUCAACGCCGUGCACCCCCAGUACACCAACUGGUCGGUCACUACACGACGUAUAUCGCGUCUCAGAAAGCGAAGUGAUCGUCUAUGGAGGACGUCAAAUUCGGCAGUCAAAUGGUCUACUAGAUGUGCACAAGUUGCAAGUCACCGGAGAAGUUGACGAUUUGGGUGAUACUCAAUACUCGAUCGAGUGGUCAGAGCCAAAGUUAUUCGGCUCGCUGCCGUGCGCACGACGAGGGCACAGUACGAACACAAUCGGCCCAAAUCUGCUUCUUUUCGGAGGCCAAGACGAGUCAACUGGCCAGUUAAAGAACGAGAUUCGGGUGCUCAACAUUCCGCGUCAGAGGUGGAAGCGCUUCGACGUGCCUGGUGAUGCACCGUGUCCUCGGCGUGGCUUCAAAAAUCAGUUUUUCGGCACAACUCUCGUUAUCUCAAGUGGCUUUUUGUUGGAUUCCGUUAUCAGAUCCAAAUUCUCCAAAGAUCCAAAGCGUCAAAAACUCAUGGCUACCAAGCAGCUCUACAGGUUGUCGCCUGCGCUGAGCAACAUGCUGGGGAAGAGCGAGCUCACGCGCCCGGCCGCCAUAAAAGAAUUUUGGGCUUACGUGAAGAAACAUGAGCUGCAAGACCCGAAAGACGGAAGAAUGAUCCACCCCAAUGCAGAGAUGAUGAACGUUUUCAAAGUUGAGGAAAUCAAGUUCACGCAGGUCAUGGGACUGGUCUCCAAGCACUUGGAGAAGGCAGACGAGUAAUCGAAGCACGACUGAGAAGAUUCUCAGCUUUGAGCUAUUUUUUUCGUAGUUUGUCAAAAUUAAAAAAAAACAGAUUUAAUUUGUUUUGGCCCCGAA